UUAAAGUUAUACUCACUCAACGCUGAGUAACAGUUAAAUAAUCCAGACUAUCCAGGACUGUCGCGCUACAACGUUGUAAGAUGCCUGGAAAAAAUAAUUGAAAAGUGAGACAGGAUAAGUGACGACUAAUAGAUCUGAAGCGACUUUAUACUGAGUGAUAUCGGUGUUACCGUUAUGGCGACGCUACCACAAUUGCAACCUGGAGAGAGACUACGUAGACGUGGUAAACCAUCCAAGUUGAAAUUGGAUCUAGCUGCGGCACGUAUUGAACAUAAAUAUCCGGAUGGAAUUGCGCCCUUGGAUUCACAAGUGGGCGGACAUGCAUUUGGUGACAAGAAGGAUACUGUGGGAAUGUUGCGGGCUGGGGAUGGCUGUGUCCUUAAACCAGUGGAGCAGCCCUUACUGGGAGAAAGGGAGAUUGCGUUUUAUGAGAGGCUGCAGGAUUCCAGGGAUCCCUUAAUGGCUGAACUUCGACAGUAUACGCCGUCAUAUCAUGGCACUAUUGAGCUGGAAAUAUUUAACAGACGAGUUAAAUUCCUUAAGCUCAAAGACAUCACAGCCGGCAUGACCGAACCUUGCGUGAUGGACGUCAAGAUUGGUAAACGCACGUGGGAUCCGUUGGCAGGUCCUGAGAAGAAAGCAGCAGAGGAGAGAAAAUAUGUAGAGUCUAAAAAAGCCUAUGGCUUCUGUAUACCAGGAUUUCAGAUUUACAGACUGUCUUCCAGUUACGUGAAGAAGUACGGAAAGGAUUUUGGGAAGAAGCUGAACAAAGAAUCCGUUGUGGAUGCUAUGGAGAUUUUCCUCAACGGUACACCAGGAAAUCCACCCUGCCGCGAUCUAGUAUUACAAUUUCUCUCACACCUCUGGAAGAUCCUGAGCUUCUUUCGUUCUCAAAAACAACUACGCUUCUAUUCAAGUUCCGUUCUACUAGCAUACGACGCCAAGAGGUUGCGACACACUAUUCGCAUGAAGACAUUAUCCAAUGAGGGUCGUAUGUCACCCAGUGGUAUUGGACCAAUGAAUUUCGACACUUAUUUGAAGUCCCCAAGUAUUCUAAGAACGAGUUCCUUUUGCUCAUCUUCCUGCGACACUGGAUUCUCGGGUCAGCUAACUAAAAAUGGACCAUUGUUCGUCACCAAGGCUAAAAACCUCUCGCCAGCAACGACACCACCAUUGUCACCGGCCCUGGUAAGGAAGAACCGGGAGAACGCAUUGAAGCGCUCGCAGAGCUUGAAGAGAAGCGGAAGUUUAAGAUCUACGUCAAGCUCAGAUAAACAGAAACCAGGCAGCCCGAGGCCUGGUACUCCGCCAUUAACUUUACGUCAUCACGAUCCGGACCGUACACAGUACGAAAAUCUAGACCGUACUAGUACCGGUGGAAAAGGUCUGAACAUGGUCAUCGGAAAGCUCUGCCGUACGCACUCCUUGUGUAAUAAUUUUGAUAAGGAUAUCAUAAAGAUAAAGGAGGAGUAUGCGACUCUGCUGGACGAAUUAAGCACUACGCCGGAGGAGAAGCAGAACUGGGUACGCAUCAGUAUGAUAGACUUUACCCAUGUGUUUCCAGCGGAGAGUGACAUCGUCGACACAAACUACCUGGAGGGAAUAGAAAACUUGAUAAAGCUCCUGGAGACUUUUUUAGCCUAAAUUCAAUUCUUACCGGUGCUUUUUACACGUUCAGUGUAAGAGUGACUAUCUGGCGAUGGUGCUAGAAAUGCGUCACAGCUUAAUGUACAUAUUUAUAAUAAGCAGUAAAAAUGGCGGUGUGCCAGAUGGAGCCAGACUCACGCAAGUCUCUCUGUAUAAAUAAAUAAAUUCUAGCUAACGGAUGGGAACUAUAAGAUAUCCUAAUACUUGUAAAUGCGAUCUAAGUACUAUACAAACAUUGUAAAAAGAAACUAACAAAUGGGGAGUUUUGUGUUA